AUGUCAGAGAGUAACGACCUCGCCGCCGCAACCGCCACCGGCAGUGGUUUCCGGAGUCCAACAUUUUCACGGCCGGUUUCAUGGACUGACCGCUCACCGACAAGCAGAAAACCGCUUCCGACGGCGUCAUCGGCGAGUAACAGACCUCGGUCGUUGCUUCCGCCGCUUCGUCCUCUUUCAAUCAACAAACGCAGCAUUGAGGAGUGGCCGAGUGCUGGAUCUGACGAUCUCGGAGUUUGGCCGCAAGCAGAGACUCCGAGAGGGAGAGGUUCGGUCACUGGUUCAGAGUUUCAGUUCAAAAGAGACAAGUUAGCUUUCUAUGAUAAAGAGUGUUCUAGAAUCGCUGAACAUGUUUAUCUUGGAAGCGACACUGUUGCGAAGAAUCAUGAGCUUUUAAGGAAGAAUGGGAUUACGCACGUGCUUAACUGUGUUGGGUUUGUAUGUCCUGAGUAUUUCAAAAGUGAUUUUGUUUACAAAACUCUUUGGUUGCAGGAUAGUCCCACGGAAGACAUCAUAAGUAUUCUGUACGAUGUUUUUGAUUAUUUUGAGGAUGUUAGAUUACAAGGUGGUCGUGUUCUUGUUCAUUGUUGUCAAGGGGUUUCCAGAUCAACCUCUUUGGUCAUUGCUUAUCUUAUGUGGAGAGAAGGACAAAGCUUUGAGGAUGCUUUUCAUUAUGUUAAGAAUGCUCGUGGUGUUACAAAUCCUAACAUGGGUUUUGCUUCUCAACUUUUGCAGUGCCAGAAAAGAGUGGUGAAUGCAAAUGCUAUGCCGUCUAGUCCUAGCUCUGUUCUUAGGAUGUAUAGAAUGGCACCUCAUUCGCCGUAUGAUCCUCUUCAUUUGGUACCGAAAAUGGUUAACAGGCCUUGUGCGAAAGCACUUGAUUCUCGCGGUGCUUUUAUCGUUCAAGUUCCUUCUGCGAUAUACAUUUGGAUUGGUAAAAAUUGUAGUUCGGUAAUGGCUUGUAAUGCACGAAUGGCAGCUUUGCAGGUUGUUCGUUACGAGAAAGCAAAUGCUCCGAUUCGUAGCAUUUAUGAGGAUGAAGAGCCGAUGGAAUUUUGGGCUGCUUUUUCUAACUACCAACUAUUGUUGGGGAGUUCUGGUAAUGACGGAGAGAUGGUGAUGAAGGAUUCUGAUGAAAGAAUGGAGAUCGAUGAUGAUGUUGAUAUGGGGAUUCAUCCUAGGAAAGUUGAUGAUUAUGAUUUGGAUUUUGGGAUUUUUAACAAAGCACUUGCAGGUGGAGUUGUUCCACCUUUUUCUGUGUCUAAUACUGGAUCAGAAACGUUGCUUCCUGCUAGAGAAAAUAGCUGGGGAAGACUAAGAAGGAAGCUUGCUCAGAGUAUCAUGAAAGGGUUGUUUACAUCCUCCAAAUGCUGUGAUAUAGCCUCGCCAAAAGACGAAGUAAAGGCGAACGGUGGUUCAUCGUUGCCACUAACUCCUAGUCGAAAAUCAGAUUCUUUUCCUUGUUCUUUAAGUAACAGCCCGAAAUUCAGUUCCAAGUCACCCACAUUUUCGCCUUCCAACUCCGAUUACGCCAGUUCCUUCACACUUUCGCCCACGUCUACACAUUGGUCUGAAUUGUCAUUCAUGUCCUCUCGACAACCAUCGCCUUCUUCUGGACUCGAAUCAACCGAACAACCCUUUUAUGUCAAUAAAGACGCGCCUUUCUUAGAAAGGUCCUCUUCGCCUCGCAAUGAAGCCACUGUCUCUUCAUCUUCAGAGACACUUUCGGCUAACCGUGCCGUGGUAAGGACAAAGUCCUACAAAGGGUCUAACUCUAACCGUUCCAUUGCAGAGCGGAGAGGGAGUAAACCGCCGCCUCAAAUGCUAGUACCUCCUUUCAGGGAAUCAUCGCGUGCAGUCUGA